AGGACGAGAGGCAGAGAGAGGGAUGUUGGCCAUAGUGACAUCAGACGUUUGGUGCCUCCGGGAAGUUCGCCCGGACUCUGUGGCCUCUCGACGUUCGGCCGGCAGAUGACCAGUGGCCUUACCUGUGAUAUGCUCUCCUGGAGGACAAAGAAGAAAGGGUAUGGUCCUGCUGUGUGCUCUGUCAGGGCUGAGCCUGAGGUUCCAGCGGUGUGUUCGGUGGCUCCGCCCGCCGUCGUCCUCGCUCUCCGUGGUGUCUUGCCGCGCUACCCGUGGACGCUUACGUCUGCGCGAGCUGAUUCGCUGGAGAGAACCUGGCUCCUGCAGUCUGAACCAAUCAGGUUAAAAGGCACAAGUCUUCUCGCCCCAGGUCCAUGACCUGAAAGUGGUUUUGUGAACCCACCAAUCAUCAGGUCCAAAGGAGGCAGCCCACGAACAUACCUUCCCUGCUCAAAACCACCACUGCAUUGUUACCAUGAAUGUGUGGUGCAUGGCAAUGUGGUACGCUGGGGAGAAGGGGAGGCCGAAGAGGAGGGAAGGAACAGAUCUUCAGAGGCAGAUAGAGACGUUUGUGUAUACACAAGUAGCAAUACAAACAGGAGAUGCAGGCUCGAUAAGGAAAUUAAGGGAAAGGGUGCAACUCAAAUAAACCGAAAGAGUGAUGCACCAAUGGACAAAUGUAUUUCUCUCUCUCUCUUUUUGCUUCCCAAAAUUCACUCUUUGUCUCAGAACCAGAAUCAGAAAGAACGAUGAAAGUGAAAUAACGCUAUUUGGAUAUUGCAGUAGUGCUACAGAAAGGCGUUCCUUGGAUUUUCUCCUCAGAGUUGCAUGCCGAACUAAACUCAACCCAUCACCUCACAUGAAUUCUUUCUCAGGGACCGAGGUCACAAUGGAUUUUUGUAUCAAAGCGUCAGACUCGACUCGCCGCUGAAGGACAAUCACCGCAGCCGAGGCAAUUGCAGGGUACGUUGCAGCGAGAACACCCUAAGGUGGUUCGAAGAUUGUGAUUUGGUCGUGUGAGUUAUGCGCUUCUGUGGUUGAAGCGAAGUGAAACUGAGCAUCCACAGACAUUCAGAUGCAGAAACACAACGUCUGAGUGGAGCACAGUGAGACGAAGAGCUGCUGUGAGGAACAUAAGGACGAAAGCCAAUUAAUCAGAUCCAAAAAGGCCCUGUUUUUAUCCAAAAUGAGGAAGGAGACUACUUUUUUCUCAAGAACAAAACAGGAGUUAUACCCUGGUUUGUUGGGGUAAUGCUCGAAAAGAUCCACAGAACUUUUCUCAACGUCACAAACACCGUUGAAAGACCAAUGAAGGAAUCAGACCAAACCAAGGAUAACCCCCUGACUUUGGAAUUCGACCAAUCCUGGGGUUCAUUCGGAAAACCGUCUGCACGUCUUUGCCUCAACACCUUGGAUUUCACAGACCUCUGGGACGAGGAAGACAGCACAGAAGACGAAGGAUCCAGUUCAAACAAUGAAUCAUCGACGGGUGGCCUCCAAGCCCCUCCAGCACCCCCACCUCUUCCUCCCCCUCCCCCUCCCCCUCCUCCACCUUUGACCUUGCCCUCCCAUAAAGGUGCAUCCACCAAAUCUCGCACCUUGAAGCUCCACUGGAGGGAACUGCCGAGUUUAGCUCCACUUCCCAGGAUGACGCGCUUCGGGACUCAGACUAUUUGGGCCGGGCUUGAACCGGUGCAUUUGGAUACAAACCGGCUGGAGUACCUGUUUGAAUCCAAGGGCAGCAGCAGCACUUUUAAUGUGGCUUCUGGGAGGCAGAAGCAGCCGUCGGUCACGGUGUUGGGGAUGAAGAGGAGUAACAUCAUAACCAUCGCCCUGAGCAGCCUCCCCCCUCCCCGCCUCCUCCCCCCUGCGAUCUACAGCAUGGACAGCAGUGUGCUGGACAGAGAGGACGUUCAGCGGCUUAAAGAACUAAUCCCAACUGAAGAGGAGCUCUGUUUGAUCAAGGAAGCCAAGGCCCUGAACCCCCACUCUCCUCUGGCCCCCGCCGAGCUCUGCCUGCUCACUUUGGGGGAAAUACAACAUCUGAACUCCAGGCUUCAGCUGUGGGCCUUUGCUCUGGACUAUGACUCCUUAGAAAGGGAAGUAGCUGAGCCUCUCUUCCAUCUGAAGUUGGCCAUGGAGCAGCUCGCAGCCAGCCAGACCUUCAGAUGUAUUCUAGCAACAGUGUUAGCGAUUGGUAACUUUCUCAAUGGAUGCAAGGCCCGUGGUUUUGAGCUGAGUUACCUGGGGAAGCUGUCGCAGGUGAGGGACACGUACACUCGCCAGCCUCUGCUGCUCCACGUCUGCGUAUUACUGCUGCAACUUUACCCACAAUCCUCUGACCUGUACUCGGACAUCACUGCUGUUACUAAAGCCGGCAAGUUCGACUACUCCCUAGUGCAGUCCAACCUCUCCCAGCUGGAGGCCCAGUGCAAAGCAUCAUCAGAACAGCUAAAGAUGUUGGACAAGGCAGAGAAGAUAAAAGAAAAAAAUGAGAAGAAGAGAGGAGGAGGAGGAGGAGGAGGAGGAAGUGAUGCUUUGGCCUCAGAGGGCUCGCUUCGUCACCAGCUGCCAAAGAUUUUGAAAGAGUAUGAGGGGAGGCUGAAGGUCCUGAAGGCCAUCCAUCGUCGGGUUAUCAACAGGUUCCACUCUUUCCUCUUAUUCCUAGGCUACUCCCGAGCUAUGGUGAGAGACACGAAGGCGGAGGACUUCUGUAAAACCAUCAGCAACUUUUCUUUGGAGUACCGGAGCACGAGACAGGCCAUCCUCAUGCAGAGAGAGAGGGAACGCCAGAAAAGUGGAUCAGAGAGCCCAGGCCCUAACACACCCGUAGGCCGGAGGAAACGUCAACAAACUCCGACAGAGGAAAAUGAGGAGCAGUGCAAGCUGGAGGAAGUUCUGAAAACACCUGAUUUCAACCUGAGACUGGAUUCCAGUUUACCUCGAAACCGCAGGAGGGUCACUGACAUCAAAGGUCCAUUCUCACGGAAAAUGAAGUGGUGACCCUGCUGAUACACUUUGGUGAUGUCCAGUCACUAUGUUUGAACCAAAUUGAUGUAAUUGUUAUUUAUGAGACUGUUUUUAAAAGUGAAAUGUUUGCCGCACAGUGUUGUUUAGCAGUAGGGAUCACAGAAUUUCACAUUCAAUGUUAAAGAAAUGAUGCACAAUCUAUUUUGAAAUGUGUAUGAAUAGCACUUUUUCUUUCUGUGUCUUUGUAUGCACCAUUUAUACCAAAGCAAAUUCCUUGUAUGUGUAAACCUACUUGGUAAUAAAACCAAUUCUGAUUCUGAAAAA